AUCACUUAUUUCAUUCUCCACCCGUAAAAUUGUAGAAUCAAAGUAUAUAAAAUAAAUGCUCGAUCAAUUUUAAUUAAGAUACCUUUUUCAUUUUACAUGUAACGUAUAGAUAUAUUUUUUUAGUAGAUAGUAACUUUUCGGUAUGCAAACAAAGCAUCAAACACUCAAUUGAAAAUGGAGGUAUCUAACAACACCGACGCCGUCAACCUUGGCGUUGGUGAAGUAGAAGCAGAAAUUGGCGAAGAACUGAAACAAUUAGAAGAAGGUAAAGAUUUUGACACGCGCAGCGAAGUAUCUAGCUCUUCAUCAAGUGAAUCAAGCACGCCAAGUAUAAGUUCUGUGAGCACCAAAUCAAAAGAAAGACGCGUUAAUCGUAAACGCACUAAAUCAAAAAGCCAUUCCCCCGUUCAAAGUAAACGCAGAUGUGUUGCUGAUGCCAGCACUAAGAUCAAGACUUACGAUUACAUGACUAAAUUGAAUUAUUUGUUUAGGGACACUCGUUUCUUUUUGAUAAAGUCGAAUAACGCCGAAAAUAUAACAUUGUCAAAAGCGAAAGGAGUGUGGUCAACUUUACCUCAAAAUGAAGCAAAUUUAAAUCAAGCUUAUAGGGAAUCGAGAAAUGUAUUGUUAAUAUUUUCUGUGAAAGAAAGUGGCAAAUUUGCUGGAUUUGCUCGCUUAGGUAGUGAGUCUCGACGUGACGUGCCUCCGAUUUCCUGGGUUCUACCACCAGGCCUCUCGGCAAAAGUUUUAGAUGGAGUAUUUAAAGUAGACUGGAUUUGCCGAAAGGAGUUGCCAUUUAGCAGUACUUUACACUUAUACAAUCCAUGGAAUGAAGGUAAACCAGUAAAAAUUGGAAGAGAUGGCCAGGAAAUUGAACCUAAAGUUGCAGAAGAACUUUGUAGGUUAUUUCCUGAAGAUGAAGGUAUUGAAAUGACACCAAUUCUGAGAAAGUCAAAAGAAGCAUCUAAGAGAGGAUAUAUGAAAAGUGGUGGUACUUACAGAACUUACAGAGCUCCACUAUCAGUAAGAGGGUCAAAUUAUAGAAAUCGUUUAGGACUGUCAUCUAGAAGUAGAAGGAAAAUAUUUUCAUCACCAAGAAGCAGAAUGACUCCUGCCUUUAAAAGACGGUCACCCUCCCCAUAUAUGCGAGAACGCAUACCGGGAUGGUUUGGUCGUUCCAGAGAUAAUUAUAAUAGUAGUGGGUCUGCAGCAGCUGAAGCAUAUGUGGCAGAGUAUAUGCGUUCAAUGCAUCAUCAGUUGCCACCUCUGCCAUAUGUACCUCCUCCAGGGUUCAGUGGUGCACUGUCAUCAUAUGAUGGGUUGCCACCGCCACCACUUCCUCCUCCUCCACGGUAUUAUGAUAUGCAUGAUUAUCCUCGCUCAGUGUUAGUGUAUGAUAAAAGAUCAUAUGAACGUUCAGUUGAUGAGUUCUUGUGGCGUACUUCUGACCGUUCCCGCGGUCGUAGUCGUGAACGUGAACAACAUAGAUCAUAUCGAGAUCGCAGAUAAGAGUGUAAUUUGGCCACCGAUGUAUUAAUUAUUUGGUAUUUGCUAAUAAAAAAAUUGUGUUU